CACCUGUUCUAUGCAUGAUUUUACAUGCAGUUUUUUAAUGAAUUUUAAACAAUAAAAUCGUAAUGAAGGAAAACGUUACACAGCAUUUUCUCGGUAGACUUGAACUUGAAGUGUUUCUAGAAUAAUCUGCAGCUGUAUAGAAUAAUAAAUACAGGGUGGCCAAAAAAAACGCAAGAAUAAAAUCUCUUAUUGGUUCUCAGUUUUGGAACGACUUGUAUGUUCACAUACCACUGCUUAAUUAAAUUAUCCCAUAUACUCUUAAUAUACAAUUAAAAAUACAUCAAAAAUAAAAAAUAUGUUAUUAAUUUGUAUAAUUAAAAUAUCAUAUUCCGCAACCACAAUGCUUUAAAAUUAUAUAUUUAAAAUGAUUUUUUUCCUUAUAAAUUUGGAAUUAUUGGACUUCGUGGGUUGUUUUUUGUCGAUGCCUUUAGAAUAAAAAUGGUUAAUUUUAAGAUAAUUUUGGUGGGAAUUUGUGUUAUUUCUAUCGUAUCAUGUCAACUAAUGAUAAAUUUUUCACCAGAAGAAAUGAGAAAUCUUCUGCAGUACAACAACCAAUGCCAAAGAAGUAGCGGUGCCACUCAGCAAGAAAUCAUAAGUGCCCUUCAAAAUAGAUUUUCCGAUUCUCCUGCAUUAAAGUCCCACAUCUUCUGUCUUGGUAAAAAAAUGGGUUUCGUGUCUGAUAAUGGCACCUUCCAACGUGAGACGAUCAGAAACCGGAUGGGCAAAUACCUAAAGGACCAAAGCAAAAUGGAUCAAUUAAUGGAUAAGUGCUUCACCGGAAAUGGCAAUCCUAAAGAGUCUACUUAUAAUGCUAUAAAGUGUAUUUCUGGUAAUAGAAGUAUGGUUAUUUAAAUGUAUGAAAUAUAUUGUAAUUAAUUUUC